AUGGUACUAACUAUAGAAUCUCUACAGAAAGAAUUAACUAAACUUAUUAAAGAGAUAGCAGCAACGGAACAAGAAUUAGCAGCAGUCACUGCAUCAACUGACCUAGAGACACUCAAAAAACAAAUAGAAGACAAAUUAAAAGAGUAUCAGAGAGAAACGGAAGAAUUCAAAAAGAAAAAAUUCCAUAGAGACGAAUUAGAUUAUCAAAGAGAUCAAGUUUAUACCUGGUACUCUAGAGUGGAUAAUCGUCCAUAUAGAACCAACAGAGACACAACCACACAGAGAUGGCGCUCGGAUACAGAGGGGGCUACAUCCUCCUCCUCUGCCUCCUCGUCUUCAGGGAUGACUUUUUUAGAGAGAGGUACACGACACGAAGAAACAUCAGGCAGGGGGGUUACAACAAGAGGCAUUCGGGAGAAAAGACAAGGCCGACCGCCCCAAUCGAGACGCAAUCUCUAAUACACAACAUUUCAGGUAGGCCUCUAACAUCUACGGAGGAGGGGACCCUGAAUAAGGGACUCUCCUUCAUUCCCACACCCCAUAUAGUGUGGCAUCAAUAUGACGUCAGUUUGUAUAAAUUCUUUCGCCAACUCAAAUUACGUGCAUUCUUUUCAACAGAUCAGCAAAAUUUUGGUACAACAGCAGAAUCUACUGACAAUACUAUACAGACCACACAGGGAUAUCCACAGGAUGAAGGAAAUAUGGAGGCUGUGGGACAUUACGUCACUGAGUCUGAUCCAUGCACUGUUCUCUCCCUGGAUACAGGUUUGAAACCUAAAAGCACUUUCACACCACACAACAUCAAUACAUCUAUUGAUUUAUUCACCAAUCUUGUGAAAAAAGAUAUGUAUAAACUUAGGAGAAAACAUCAAUAUACCCAUAGUUAUCAUGGAAAAAGUAUUAAUUUUACCAAACAAGAUUGGUUGAAUAUCAAUAAUUUAAAGAAAGAUACAUCCAUCAUUAUCAAACCGGCAGAUAAAGGGGGAGCACUGGUGAUCAUGGAUCGCACAUAUUAUGUAAAAGAAAUCGAGACCCAGCUAUUGGAUAACACAAACUACUUACCUAUCAGUCAGGAUCCUACGCAUAAUCUGAAAUGCAUACUAGAUAAACUUAACCAAUGGGCCCUCUCUAAAAACAUUAUCUCUGAUGGAGAAUAUAAGUAUAUGAAUCUCAAAUAUCCUAGAAUUCCGGUGUUCUAUACCCUCCCUAAAAUACAUAAGAACCCUCUUUUUCCACCAGGCAGACCAAUAGUUAGUGGAACUGGGUCUAUAUUCCAACAUCCAGCAGAAAUACUGGAUACAUUUUUGAUCAAAUAUGUCCCAAUGCAGAAAUCAUACCUCAAAGACACUACUACAUUCCUUACAUUACUAGCAGAUAUACAUAUCCCAUCUGGAGACUUUUGGUUGGUAACCAUGGAUGUACAGUCACUAUACACUUCAAUUGACCACAAUAGAGGGAUUGAGGCAGUAGAUUGGACAUUAGAUAGAGACCCGAGACUAACCCAGCAAGGAGAGACCCGAAAAUAUAUCAGGGAAUUACUUACUUUCAUUUUGACUGAGAAUUAUUUUUUGUUUGGUGAUAAGUACUACAAACAGAUUAAGGGUACCGCUAUGGGCUCGAAUGUCGCUCCAACAUAUGCUAACAUUUAUAUGAAUCGAAUGGAGGAAACAUGCAUCUACCAACAUCCUUUAUUUUCCAAAUGCAUAGUUUGGAAAAGAUACAUAGAUGACGUGUUCAUAUGUUGGAGCGGCACUAGGGCCCAUUUACAGGAAUUUUUUGAGUCAUUAAACACACAAGAUGAAAACAUUAAAUUCACUAUGUGCUGUGAUACUAUUACAGUCCCUUUUCUAGAUGUUCAGGUACAGAGAGUACAAAAUUGCCUUCAUAGCGAUUUGUAUAUAAAACCUACUGACCGUAAUAAUUUAUUGACUUACAAAGGCUUUCAUCCAAUCCAUCUGAAGAAUGGAUUACCAUUUAGUCAAUUGUUAAGGGUGAAAAGGAUUGUAUCACAGGAAGAUAAAGUGAUGACGGGUUUAGAUUUUAUGGCCAAUAAAUUCAUAGAGAGGGGCUAUCCCACACAUGUAGUUGACAAUCAACGACAGAAGGUUGAUAAUCUUUCUCGACAAGAAACCCUUUCAGGUGCAGGGGCCAGAGACAAAAUAGAAAGGAUUACGUUGGUAACACCAUAUACCCCACUUAAUAAGGAGAUAAGACAUGUUAUAUUAAAACAUUGGCAACUUUUUCAGGGGGAUACUCAACUACCCCCGAUAUUCCAACAGUCUCCACUUUUUGCAUAUCAGAGGGCCUCGAACCUGAGGGACAUGAUAGUAAGGUCAGAUAUUGGCAGUUCGAAGAAACAAACCAGAUUUUUUUCAGAACCUAAGAAGGGCACUUUUCCAUGUUUAAAUUGCUCACACUGUAACAGUGUGAUCAAGGGGGAAUAUUUUGUUCAUCCCAGAUCAGGUAAGAAAUUUUAUGUUAAAGAGUUUUUUACAUGCAACUCUGACUAUGUUGUGUAUGCUCUUAAGUGUCCCUGUGGACUCCUGUACGUGGGGGAGACCAUCAGGCCAGUGAAAGAGCGGAUAGGGGAGCAUAAAAGGAGCAUUAGGGCAGCAUUACAACACAAUAAAGUGGAGGCUCCGGUACCCAGACAUUUUAAAGCAUAUGGUCAUAAUGUAAACCAAUUAAGGUUUCAAGUCUUGGACAGAAUCCCACCUCUACGUAGAGGAGGGGAUAGACACAAGCUCUUAUUACAGAGAGAAACAAAAUGGAUAAGUACCUUGGAGACUCUGUCACCAUUAGGUCUUAAUGAAGACUAUGACCUUAAACAUUUCUUAUGAGAAGUUUUGUCUUUCUUUUGCAUUUAUUGCCUGCUCUAUGAUUUUCUGCUCCUUACAGAGGCUCCCCUUGACCAGUUUUGGUCCGGUGUCCUUUCCUGCCAACAUUUUGACCUCUUUGGGUCCGCUACCUGCCAUCAGCACAGGGUUCCUCACAUACGGGACCCAGGGGCACGGUGGGGCAUUAUGAGACAGGUGAGUUGCAUACUCUGGUUUUUCAUUUUUAUUCUAUUUUCUAUUCAUGUUAUUUUUCAAUUUUUUUUUUCAAAUUUAGCUACAAACAAAAAAUAUUCUUUAAUGAGGAUCUUUUUUCAUCCAAGAUAUUUUUUCUAUAUUAUUAAAUUUUUUUAUUUUUCCAAUUUUUUUCAAUUUUUUUCUUUAUUUUUUUCUUCUUUUUUCAUUUUUAUUCUUUUUAGUAUUUUUUCUUUCUUUUCUUUUUUCUUUUUAAAUGUGUUUUGGAAUUUUUUGAACACUGUUUUCCAUUGUUGCAUGAGACAUAGAUAAUCUAUUUUUUAUUAUUUUUUUCUCUUUUUUUCAUUUUUAGCUGAGUAUUCUACUGAUCUAUAGCUACAGAUAUUCCUGUUCUCUUGAUCAUCUGUUACAGGUGAGCUACAUAAUAACCAUACAUCAGUUAGAUUUAUUUAGAAACAUUAAAUUAUUAUUUUCUGUUCCUUUUUCUCUCUAGUUUACUUUUGAUUUUUUGGUCUAAGACUCUUUUAGUCUACAGCACUAUUCAGUUUUCACAUACAAUUUAAUUGCCUUUGUAAUAACUUGUAUUUCAUACUUAUUAGUUACUUUAACUUUAUUUGUUCAUUUUGAGAUUUCCCUUUAAUUUUGCCAUUACACAACAUGUAUGUGAACAAUAAAGUUGAGUUGAAUGCGUAUGACGUAGCGACGUACGCUGACGUCAGAAGGCGGAAGUAGCAGCAUGGAGUGGAUGCGGCAGAGUUUUGCCGCCUAAUGAGGAUAUUUAAAUCGAUAUGCUUAUACUUUGGCAGGACGGAGAGGAACAGGGGCCUUCGAAGGGACAGGAACGUCCCGAGCGCGCAGCCCAUUUUCAGCCCGAUUACAGGAUUGCCCACGAUUAAGACUGACCAAUAGACUGACC